AUCAAACGGUACCGGUUGACUAAAGAUCUCGCGCAAAAUUUGUGCGAUGAGCUCGCACCUACCAUGAAGAGUCCCACUAAAUCUACCGAUUUAUCUGUAGAGACUAAGGUAUUGACUGCGUUGUCAUUUUAUGCGACUGGGUCAUAUCAACGUCCUACAGGUAAUAUUGAAGGACAUUCCAUGGCUCAGCAGACAGUUUCGUCUUCAAUAGCCCAAGUUACUGCUUGCCUCAACUCUAUGGAAAUGAGGCAGAAAUAUAUUUCAUUUCCCUCUACCGAACAAGAACGAAACAGAAUAAAAACAGAAUUCUACAAUAAGUUCAAUAUUCCGGGGGUCUUAGGAUGCAUAGACUGCACCCACAUUGCAAUAGUUCGGCCAGCAGAAAAUGAAGAACGUUACUACUGUCGCAAACAUUACCAUUCACUGAACGUUCAAAUAGUUUGUGAUGCAAAUAUGAACAUCACUAGUGUGGAUGCAAGUAAUGGUGGUGCUUCACACGAUUCGUUCAUAUGGGCUAAUCAUCCAUUGAAAGCUCAUCUUGAUAACCUCAGUGAGACACAAAAUAUUUGGUUCCUAGGUGACUCUGGUUAUCCACUGAGGAAGACUAUGAUGACCCCAAUAAUAGAUGCGGCCCCAAACACACCAGAAGCACACUACACUUACUUGCAUGUUCGCACUAGGAACACAGUAGAGCGAGCAAUUGGGCUUCUUAAGGCACGUUUUCGUUGCUUACUUGUUCACAGAGUGUUACACUAUACACCAAGAGUAGCAGGCUCUAUUGUAAAUGCUUGUGUAAUAUUACAUAACAUUUGCAAUAGGGUUAAUACUCCAGUACCACAAUUAAGCCACGAAGAGGUAACACUAGAAGCCCAAUUACAGUUGAAUCUCAGCAGAGCUGAAGAAGGUCUCCCAGGUAGUGCAAACGUAGAGCUGCAACGGGGUCAUGCCACACGACAUGCUCUCAUUCAGCAGCUCUGGGAAAGGCGGCAUUUAUAGCCCUGAAACCAAAUAUUGAAAUUUUAAAAACUCAAAAUAUUAAAUAUAUCAUUAUUAAUUUAUUAUUAUAUUUUAUUGUUUCGAGAUGCUAGCUAAUAGUAGUUUCCAUUUGUAUAGAUUGUAUUAAUAUAUAAGUAUUUCAAAAGCAAUAUAGAAAAUAUAGAAAGAGUCAAGUUUUAGAAAGUAGUCAAAGAAUGUUCGUGUGCUAAACUAAUAUUGUAUGAUAUUGUGAGUAUAUUUAUAAAGGUUUGCUAGAUACAUUUUGGUAUUAUAGAAUUAUAUAUUAUGUGAUACCAAAAUGUAUAAAUUAGAAAUAAUUGUAAAUAAAUAAACAUGAAUAAUAUAUGUUUUAGUUUAUUAGUGUGUAAUAAGCAUGACUUAAUUUGUAUAAGUUAAUAAUGUCUGUUUAAAUCAUAGUAAUGAAAGGCUUUUUUGUUUGAGUUUUUCUGUGUAAAUUACAUAAAACUUGCAACACUUGCCUCUCAAUCCUCCGAUGAAUAUUGCACAAUUCUGUUAUAGCCUCCUUUAUGUCGACUAGGGUACUCCUAAUACCAUCUAGAGAUCGGCUACUACUUAUAGUAGCCUGAGCUCUACUCUCUGAGGACUGGAUGAGAGAACGUCUGGCAGCCUCAUGGGAGAGCGGCGCCUCUCGCCUGCGACGCCGGCGCCGGGGUGAGAGCACUGCUGCAGCGGGUGGAUCAGAGGGAGGGACCCGGCUAGGAGAAGGAAUAUUUCUAGGGGAAGGUACCUCUUGGAACACUUGGGCUGGGAGGGAAUCUGAUGGUUGUAUCAGAAUUGAUUCUGAGGCUGGAGAAUCUUGAUUUGGGAUCGUGGACUCUGGGAUGUCUAUGACUGGUAUCUCCCCCCUAUCUACUGGUACCCCUAGGAUAGCAGUGGUGCUCCCGGAAGGCUGAAAGAUUAUUAUUUAAUUUAUCUAUUAUACCAAAAUUUUAAAUAGAAUAUUUAUUUAAUUAUGAAUUAACAUAAUAUUUUCUAUUGCUGGAGAAAUGUGAAAAAGUUAAAACAAUAUCUUAAGAGUAAUUAGUGUAAGCUUCCUUAUCAUUAUGUUUACAAUAUUUGUUAUGUACCUAGUUAUUCAUCAUAAACUACAAAUUAAAAAAAAUAUAUAUUUAAUAGAAAACAAAUAAAUGUAAAUGACCAGCCUUAGUACUUCAGACAGUUAUUUUCAGCUAAAAUAUAUUAUAAUCAAGUAAACAAAAA